GCAGCUCCGAGAUAGAGGAAAAAGAAGUGGGAGAAAGAGAGAGAGAGAGAGAGAGAGAGGGGGGGUUCGGGUUUCCAUUUUUAAUCCCUCCGAGCUGUUGUUACUUCUUGUUGUUUCGAUCCCUCUCCGCUGUACGGUUUAGUUGGUGGAGAGGAAGGGCUAGGGAUUCGGCCGGUGAUCCGAGGAGGAAAUCGAGGCGGUGGUGAUGGAGGCGGAGGAGCAGCGGAAGGGGGCGGAGGAGAUCCUUUACAAGACCAAGGUCGUCCAGUUUCUCGGCCGCGCCACUCCAAUCGUGCUCCAGAACGACAACGGCCCCUGUCCUCUCCUCGCAAUCUGUAAUGUUUUGCUGCUGAGGAAUAAUCUCAGUUUGAGCUUGGAGGCGUCGGAGGUCUCGCUGCAGAAGUUGCUCUCUCUUGUCGCUGAAAGAUUGAUCGAUUCCAACAGCAACGUGCAGGACAAGGAUGAUGGCUAUGUCACCAAUCAGCGGCAGAACAUUUCUGAUGCAAUUGACCUAUUGCCUCGUCUUGCGACCGGGAUCGAUGUAAAUCUGCAUUUUAGGAAGAUUAAUGAUUUUGAGUUUACCCGGGAAUGCGCCAUAUUUGAUCUCCUAGAUAUUGGUCUGUAUCAUGGCUGGAUUGUUGAUCCCCAGGACACUGAUACUGCAGCUGCAAUUGGGUCAAAGUCGUACAAUACUCUAGUUGCUGAGCUUGUUGCUUUUGAAACAAAAAGAUCUGAGGGAGAUAGUAGGGGUGAAGAAGAAGAAGAUUGUGUUGAUUUUGCUGCAGCUACAACUGCUACCUUAGGAGUUCCCUCACCAAACCUUUCAAGAGGUAGAUCAUUUGAUGAUCAUCAGGUUCCAGUCCUUGACGAUCAAAGAAAAGGGAAAGGUGAUAUCCAAGAAGAAGAGGAGCUGAUGAGGGUCUUAAAUCUCUCAAGGGAUGAAGUUUCAAAUCCUGUUAGUGCUUCUGUAUCAUCUGUUGGUGGUUUGAGUGAUUCAUCUCUUGGUUUAGAUGCAAAUGAUAAGAGAUCUUGUGCUGGAAAUUGUGCUGAUACUUUUGGGGAACAAGCCAGAGAUGAUUGUAACAAAAGCAACCACUCAGAUUCCUUUGCAUUGCAAGAAUGCAAUGCAUCUGCUGAUUGCAAGGGUGUUGUGUUUGCAGAAGAUGGUUCUGUGCUUUCCAAUGUUGUUGCUGGGAACGAUACGUGUCAGACAGGCCAUGAAGGAUCUGUAAUUUAUGAUAUAUCUAAUAAAUCAGAGGAAAUUGAUAUGGUAAUGCCCAACCAGGCCACAAAUUUCCAGUCUCCUGAUAAUGGUGGUUCAGACAGGUAUUGCAGUUACAAGGACCUGAUGAUUGUUUCAGCAAAUGAUGAGUCUAUCUCAAAAGCUUGCUCUGGAGAUUGCAACUCUCAAAUUCAUGAAAAUUCCACUGAUAUUUUAAACAAAGCUUCACCAUACAAUUUGCAAUCCUCAAAUGGAAUUGAAGAGCUUUCAAAUGUUUCUGAGGUUGUCACUUCAUGUCCUGGGGGUGAGCCGAUAUAUGAAGGAGAAGAAUGUAUCCUUGAAUCUGGACUAACUAUCUAUGCAGAUCGGGAACCAGUCUAUGAAGGUGAGAUGGUUCUUGCUGAACAGGCUGAACAAACAGAAGAGAAUAGGCACCUUGCAAAUACAAGUGAUGAGGUUGCUCACAAGCAUUGGCAACUUAUAAAGAAUUUUCUGGAACAUAAUGCAAGCCAAUUGACAAUUUACGGGCUGUUCUGUUUGCAAGAAGGCCUUAAGGAGAGAGAACUCUGUGUUUUCUUCCGAAAUAAUCAUUUCAGCACUAUGUUCAAGUUCAAUGGUGAUCUGUAUCUAUUGGCUACUGAUCAAGGUUAUAUGAACCAGCCAGAUUUGGUUUGGGAAAAGCUGAAUGAGUUCUGAUUUGCAACUGGCAAUAGCACUUCAACAGCAGGAGUUUGAACAGCAGCAACAUCAGCAGCAGCAGCAGCAGCAGCAGCAACAACAACAACAACAACAUUCUCAACAGUCAUCUAUUGGUGGUCGUUCAAGGCUUGUCACUGGUCCUCAGGUCUCCAGAAACGCUGGCGCUGCACAGAAAAGCGACUCAAAAACCAAAGAGAAAUGCAUUGUCAUGUGACAUGUAAUUUGUACCGUUUUUAAAGUUUUGGUGUAAAUAUGGACAUUGUUUGCAAUAAGUCCUAAAAAGUCUAAAUACAUUUUUUUCUUUGCUUGAGAACACUCAAACAUCAUUUUAACAUCCGUUUUUGAUUUAAUUCCA